UCGCACAAGGCAGACAGUUUACGCUAACCGUCGUUCAGUGCACUUCCGACUCUCCAUUAGGAACCAAGGAUUUAUCUGUAUCAUUUACGAUAUAAGGAGUGUAUAGCAAGUGAAGAAUAAUUGAAGAAGUGGAUAACAGUCGGUGAUACUAAUUCGACCCUCCUCCCUCCCCUUCAAAAAAUGAAAAGAUGUGUCGAAACCGCAGUGAUUUUGGUGAUGUCUGCUGUGUUGACUGCCACGGCCCUAAUGAUGAUGCAGCCCUAUGGUAUGGCGGGGGUGGCUUUGGCCUUCACCCUUGCCGGGGUAUACAUCGCUCUCAUGGUGCUGAUUGUGACCGUUAAGUGUUGUUCCCGAGACUCCAACGCACAGCCUGACAUCGAGCGGCAGGCAAGCCACCUCAACGAUGCCCCGCCCCCGUACGACCAGGUAGUCACGAAGCCGCCAUCCUACAGGACCCUCUUCUUCCCAAGUCCGCCUCGCCUCCUGGCCGCCCUUGCCACGAAUCCCGGACUCAUGACGCCGCCAGGAGACACGAAGACAGCGUCAGGACUUGCAGCCAGUUUCGGUGCCCCGUUGUCCGCGGCGGAUGGGAAUGGGUUAACUACGCCGCUUCCUACAGUCCAUGGAACACUUCCUUCUAGUUAUCCUGUGAGAGGUGUAACGCCAGGGGGCGUUUCUACGACUCAGGAUGAAGUAAGAGCUCCCUCGGAGGGAGACACGACAGAACGGAGAGCUGGAGAGGAGGGAUCGACGGCUCCAGAGGGAGAACCAGGAUCGAGCGCUCCGUCCAGUCCCCCAAGCAGACCAAGAACGCCUCGGCGUGUUCGCUUUGAGUUGGCGGACUCAGAGUCAGACGGCGGACCGGAGAGUCCUGAGCCUUUGCCUGACGAGGCCAUAGCAGAAGCUGACUCGUCCAAGUCUUGACUGAAGAACAGCUAGUUGAGUCAGGAAAUCGACGAUGCUAUGGGCAAAAAAAAAAUGUCGAGAAGUCCUUCCCCUUUUCGUUGGACUUGACACCCUUCUACAGGCGUUCAUGUUAAUCCUAAUUGUGACUCCAUGAUAAGGCACACUCUGAGUUACACUGGUGACAUCAGUGGGACUUCAUGAACUAUUAUUUUCUCUCAAACUGUGCACACGUUUUUCAGUUAUCUUGUUCUUUUCCCAAGUGUGACAACUUCGGGAAAAACGUAACGUGUGUCAGAUAUGUGAAAUAUAUAUAUAUGGGGGAUCAUUUUGUGAUCCUUGCCUCAUUCGUUGGCAUCUUCACAAUGUUUUCCAGUCGUGUUUUGUGAUGAAAGAGUAUUCAUGGCUUGGAUUAUUCUUCAUCAACCGAGGUGUACCCGUAAUGUGUACAUGUAUACCAGUCCGUGAAAUACGCUAGUAAAUAUUUUUACAAAUGUU